GCCCAUUUCAGAGGCCAUUGAUGCUCCAGGAAAGAAAGUGGGCAGCCACAAUCUUCCUCGGCCUUCCCUCCUCUCUCUAGUUUCUACUUUCACUUUCAGUCCCCACAUUUAGAGGCCUAGACUGCAAAGGACGUGCAUGGGACCGCGGGCUCCGGCCCCCAGAAACUCAGGGUCUGUGAUUUUAGGAGCAAGAACAAGAUGGCUUUUUUCCCACUUAAAUUGCCACUUAAGACUGCAUCAUCUUUUUUUCCUUCACUGUUGACUAUCUGGAUUAUGAUGGCUUCUAUGAAUUGCCACGGCAUGGACAUAAACUCUCCAAAAGCUACUAAUGGAGCUCCAUUUCCUUGGAAUAAGAUGCGGCUUCCUGAUUACAUCUUUCCAGUUCAUUAUGAUCUGAUGAUCCAUGUUAAUCUCACCACUUUGACAUUCUUGGGAACCACUGAAAUAGAAAUCACCGUCAAUCAGUCCACCAGUUUCAUUAUUCUACAUAGUCAAAACCUGCAGAUCAGCAGGGCGACCCUCCGAGAAAAAAGCCAAGAUAAUACGGUAGAACAACCAGUGACUGUUCUAGAGUAUCCAUCCAAUGAGCAAAUUGCACUUCUAGCCAAUAAACCUCUUCUGAUGGGACAUCAGUACAUCGUUAAAAUUGAAUAUUCUGCCUUUCUUUCUGAAACUUUCCAUGGAUUUUAUAAAAGUUCCUAUAGAACUCAGAAGGGAGAAGUGAGGAUACUAGCAUCUACACAGUUUGAGCCAACGUCAGCUCGGAUGGCCUUUCCCUGCUUUGAUGAACCAGCCUUUAAAGCCAAUUUUUCAGUCAGGAUUAGAAGAGAUCCAAAGCAUCUUGCACUUUCUAACAUGCCAUUAGUGAAAUCCAUGAAUAUUGAUGAAGAACUAAUAGAAGACCACUUUGAUGUCACUGUGAAGAUGAGCACCUACCUUGUUGCUUUUAUUAUUUCCGACUUUGAAUCUGUCAGCAAAAUGACUAAAAGUGGAAUCAAGGUUUCUGUGUAUACUGUACCAGAGAAGAUAAACCAAUCGAGUUACGCUCUGGAUACUGCAGUGACUCUUCUGGACUUUUAUGAGGAUUAUUUCAAUAUUCCAUAUCCUUUACCCAAACAAGAUCUUGUUGCCAUCCCUGACUUUCAGUCUGGUGCCAUGGAAAACUGGGGAUUGACAACAUACAGAGAAUCUGGACUAUUGUACGACACAGAAAAAUCCUCUGCUUCCAGUAGACUUGGGAUCACCAUGGUGAUAGCUCAUGAACUGGCUCACCAGUGGUUUGGGAAUCUUGUCACCAUGGAAUGGUGGAAUGAUCUUUGGCUAAAUGAAGGAUUUGCAAAUUUUAUGGAGUUCGUGUCUGUCAGUGUGACCCAUCCAGAGUUGAAAGUUGAAGAAUAUUUCUUUGGAAAAUGUUUUCAGGCCAUGGAAGUAGAUGCAUUAAAUUCUUCUCAUCCUGUCUCCACACCAGUAGAGAAUCCUGCUGAGAUUCGUGAAAUGUUUGAUGAUGUUUCUUAUGUAAAGGGAGCUUGUAUAUUAAAUAUGCUAAAGGAAUAUCUUAAUGCAGAUGUAUUCAGAGCUGGCAUUGUGCAGUAUCUCCGUAAAUACAGUUAUAAGAACACCAAAAAUGAGGAUCUGUGGAACAGUAUGACAAAUAUUUGUCCCACAGGUGACAUACAAAAGACAGGUGAAUUUUGCUCAAGAAACCAACCUACCUCUUCAACCUCGCACUGGAGCCAAGAAGUUGUCGAUGUGAAAGCCAUGAUGAACACAUGGACACUACAGAAAGGGUUUCCACUGAUCACUGUCACCAUGAGAGGAAAGAAUGUUCAUAUAAAGCAAGAACUCUAUAGGAAGGGAGUCAAUCACUCUGUGGAAACUGGGUACUUGUGGCAUAUUCCAUUGUCAUACAUUACCAGCAAAUCAGACAAAGUUGAAAAAGUUUUGCUGAGAACAAAAACAGAUGUUAUCAUCCUCCCAGAAGAGGUAGAAUGGAUCAAAUUCAACAUAGGAAUGUCUGGCUAUUAUAUUGUACAUUAUGAGAAUGAUGGGUGGCAAUCUCUGACUAGCCUUUUAAAAGAAAAGCACACGAUGUUCAGCAGCAAUGAUCGAGCGAGUCUUAUUAACAAUGCAUUUCAGCUUGUCAGCAUUGGAAAAUUAUCCAUUGAAAAAGCUUUGGACUUAUCCCUAUAUCUGAAACAUGAGACUGAAAUUAUGCCUGUGUUCCAAGGUUUGAAUGAGCUGAUUCCUUUGUAUAAGUUAAUGGAGAAAAGAGAUAUGGUUGAUGUAGAAACUCAAUUUAAGGCUUUUCUCAUCAGGUUGCUUAAGAACCUCAUCGAUAAGCAAACAUGGACAGAUGAUGGCUCAGUCUCACAGAGGAUGCUGCGCAGCCAACUCCUUCUGUUUGCUUGUGUGAGAGGGUAUCAACCUUGUGUUCAGAAGGCAGAAGACUAUUUCAAGAAAUGGAAAGAAUCCAAUGGAAAUUUUAGUUUACCAAAUGACGUGACCUCUGCAGUGUUUGCUGUUGGGGCACAGACCACAGAAGGCUGGGAUUUUCUCUAUAGGAAGUAUCAGUUCUCUUUGUCCAGUACUGAGAAAAACAAAAUUGAACUGGCCCUCUCUCUUAGCCAUGAUAAAGAAAAGCUUCAAUGGUUACUGGAGCAGAGUUUUGAAGGGAAUAUAAUAAAAACUCAGGAGUUUCCAACUAUUCUUAAUUAUGUUGCCAAAAAUCCAAAGGGUUAUCUCUUGGCUUGGAAAUUUUUGAAAGAAAAUUGGAAUAGAAUCAUAGAGAAGUUUGAACUUGGCUCAAGUACUGUAAGCUACAUGGUGAUGGGAACCACAAAUCAAUACUCUACAAGAGAGCAAUAUGAAGAGGUGGAAGAAUUCUUCAGCUCCCUGAAGGAAAAUGGUUCCCAGCUUCGUUCUGUCCAGCAAACACUUGAAACGAUUAAAGAAAACAUACGCUGGAUGAAUCAGAAUUUUGAGAAAAUCAGAGUGUGGUUACAAAAAAGUGUCACCUCAUUGUAACUUUUCAUGUUCUUGUGAUCUACUGUAAUUAUGAGAAUUUGUAAUAAAGGUGAAAUUAAUAAGGGGAAAAAA